AUGUACAACUUACUGCAGCCCCACCUUGAUGUUCUACUAUUUGAAGUAAUAUUCCCUCUAAUGUGCUUCAAUGAUAAUGAUCAAAUUCUUUGGGAAGAAGACCCGCAUGAGUAUGUGAGGAAGGGUUAUGUUAGAAAGCGUGGAAAAGACAACUUCCCAAAAUUUAUACAGUUCAUCGUGGGCACUUUUACGAGGUACCUUCAAUUUUAUCAACAAGUUUUGCGAAGGCCCUAUCGCCAAAAGGAUGGUGCUCUGCUUGCUGUUGGGACACUUUGUGAUAAACUGAGGCAAACUGAACUCUACAAAUCUGAGCUGGAGAGUAUUUUAGUGCGGCAUGUUUUUCCUGAAUUCAGCAGCCCAGCUGGUCAUCUUAGAGCCAAGGCUGCAUGGGUUACAGGGCAGUACGCCAACAUUAGUUUCUCAGACCAAACCAACUUUUCCAAGGCACUGCAUUGUGUUAUCUCUGGAAUGCGUGAUCCAGAACUUCCUGUAUGGGUGGACUCAGUUUUUGCUUUGCGUUCAUUCAUUGAAGCCUGCAAAAAUUUAGAUGAAAUUCACCCACUUCUGCCUCAACUUCUUGACGAGUUUUUCAAGCUAAUGAAUGAAGUUGAAAACGAAGAUCUUGCUUUUACGCUAGAAACUAUCGUGUAUAAUUUUGGAGAGGAGAUAUCUCCGUAUGCUCUGGGUUUGUGCCAGAACUUAGCCAGUGCAUUCUGGAGGUGUAUCGACAGUGACAACGGUGAUGAUGAAACCGAUGAUUCUGGUGCAUUGGCUGCAGUGGGAUGUCUCUGUGCCAUCAGUACAAUUCUUGAAUCUAUCAGUAGUCUCCCUCAUCUCUAUGGUCAGAUUGAACCACAGUUGCUGCCAAUAAUGCGUAAAAGGCUGACAACCGAUGGUCAAGAUGUAUUUGAAGAGGUUCUUGAGAUCGUCUCAUAUAUUACUACCUUUUCACCUACGAUAUCAUUGGAAAUGUGGAGUUUAUGGCCUUUAAUGAUGGAAGCACUCAAGGAUUGGGCCAUUGACUUCUUCCCAAAUAUAUUGGUACCUCUGCACAAUUACAUAACCAGAGGGACUGAGCGUUAUCUCACUUGCAAGGAACCAGAUUACCAGCAAAGUCUUUGGAGUGUGGUCUCUUUGUUUAUGGCGAACAAAAAUAUUGAUGAGAGUGACCUUGUGCCGGCUCCGAAGCUAAAAGGGAUUGUGCUUCAGACUUGUAAGGGCCAAGUGGAUCAAUGGGUGGAGCCUUACCUGAGAAUCGCAUUAGAUCGGCUACGAGGUGCUGAGAAAUUAUCCUUCAAAUGUCUUCUGAUUGAAGUGAUUGCAAAUUCCUUUUACUACAAUGCCUCUUUGGCACUUGGCAUACUGCAACGCUUCGGUUUCGCAACAGACUAUAUGGCUGCGCAUGCUGCAAGAAAGAAGAAGAGUGGUGUGCUUGCUAACUUCAAGCGAGAACAUGGUAAGAAAGUUUGCAUCUUGGGUUUGACAUCACUUCUCUGUCUUCCUGCUGGUCAAUUGCCUGGGGAAGUCUUGCCACCUGUAUUCAGGGCUCUUCUCGAGCUAUUAGUUGCAUACAAGGAUCAGCUUGCUGAAACUGCAAAGGCAGAAGAGGAAGAAGAUGAAGAUGACGACAUCAUGGAUGAUUUUCAGAUGGAUGAUGAAGAUGAUGAGGGAGAUGAAGAGAAUCCUGAUGAAACUGAUGGAACAAUGCAAGCAUCGGAAUCGAUCAGGUUUCAAAGCCUGACGCAGACACUAGACCCGCACUACCAAGGACUCGCUAACAAUAUCGCUCAGCACACGGAGCAGAGAAGAGCAGAGAUUCUAAAGGAGCAACUUGAUAAGAAAUCUUCCACAACAGUUGCUUCUUGA